AUGCAAGACCAUACACCCAACAAAGACAGCUUCAUGGUAUCUCCGCCCCGAAGUGUGCAACAAAGAGAGGAAGAUUCCAAUGACCCUGAAAUGUCAUUGGUAGCAGCAUUGCAAACGUCCUUCCAGCAGGAGCGCUCAAGUUCUUUCUUCGAUGGCAAUCAAACUGCCGCGAUACCAUUUUCUAUCAGUGACGGGUCGCCUCAACGGAGCACUUUUGAUGUCCUAGGGGAAGCUCUCGACUUCUUGGCAGAUGAUUCUUUUUUCCAACGGGAUGGAAGUCCAGAGAUCACCGCGGAGAGGAUAGUGGAUAAGAAGAAACAUACUGGACCUCCAAGACAGUAA